AUGAGACUAUCGGCCAGCAUCAUCCCACGCUUUUACGCGCCUCUGAAAACCCUGACCCGCCAAUCCCCGAGACUCUCACCCGCGCUGACCGCCGUCAACGCCACCACCACCACCACCACAAUCACGACUUUCACGUUGAACAACAGGAUGAGCACAUCAUCGGCAUCCCAGUCGCCAUUCCCAUCGUCCUCAUCCACGAGGCAAACGGCGGCCGACGGCGCGGCCAAGACGGAGCCGACAAGAGCAGCAGCAAACGACGACCACCACCAACAAAGGCAAAUCCCUUCCGAGGAGAGCCACCGCCAGCACCACCCCACGGAAAGCACGUCACCGGCCCCUGAAAACGCGACAUCCAACGCCCCCGCGGGCGACGACAACGCUUUUUCUCCUUCCGACUCUACCCACAGCCAGCCUUUGGCUCUGCCGCCGCUUCCCGAGGCGCCCUCGUCUUCCGCUGGCGGCGACUCCGCGGAGGGAGGAGGCAACAGCAACAGCAACAACACCAUCACGCUCGACCUGGGAGGCCAGCCGGGAGGCGGCGCCUCGACCAAGCUGGACCACCUCGGGCCCCUGGUCGUCAACCAGGACGGCACCAUGUCGCGGAUCAGCAACUGGGGCGAGAUGACCAAGAUUGAGAGGGAGAACACGCUGAGGAUCCUCGGCCGGCGCAACCAGAUUCGCCUCGCCAGCCUCAGGGAUGGGGCCGACGGCGAAGGCAAGCAGCAGUAG